AUGAGUGUUAACAUAGAUGAUAUUGAGAUGGAAGAAGCACCCACUUAUGCUCCAUCUUUGCCAGUUCCAAAUGUUCAAGAAAUGGUGAAGAUGAAUCCUUUGGAAGUUCCAACAAAAUAUGUGAGGAAUGAAGAAGAAAUGGAGAAAGUAAACUACAUGCCUCAACUUUCUUCAGAGAUUCCUGUAAUUGAUUUUACACUGCUUUCAAAUGGGAGCAUGGAGGAGUUACUGAAACUUGAGAUUGCAUGCAAGGAGUGGGGUUUCUUUCAGGUAGUGAAUCAUGGUCUACAAAAAGAACUUAUACAAAGAAUGAGGAAUGUAUCAGAUGAGUUUUUCAACCUUCCAAUAGAAGAGAAGGAAAAGUAUGCAAUGCCCUCAAAUGACAUACAAGGCUAUGGGCAUGCAUAUGUAGUUUCUGAGGAGCAAACACUUGAUUGGUCAGAUUCACUAAUUUUAAUGAUUUAUCCCAAGAGAUACAGGAAGCUUCAAUUUUGGCCAAAAACCCCACAUGGAUUCAAUGAAAUAAUAGAGGCAUAUUCAAGUGAAGUGAAACGAGUUGGUGAGGAACUUCUAAGUUCUUUGUCUCUUAUUAUGGGGUUGGAGAAACAUGCUCUUUUUGGGAUGCAUAAAGAAUUACUUCAAUGUUCACGUGUAAACUAUUACCCUACAUGCAACACACCUGAUCAAGUAUUGGGUUUGAGCUCACACUCUGACACAGGCACCAUUACCAUUCUUAUGCAAGAUGAUGAUGUGCCUGGGUUAGAAAUUCGAAACAAAGGAAAUUGGGUUCCAGUUAUUCCAAUAUCAGAUGCUCUUGUUGUCAAUGUUGGAGAUGUUAUAGAGAUAUUGAGUAAUGGAAAAUACAAAAGUGUAGAACACAGAGCAGUAACAAAUAAGAACAAAAGAAGGACUUCCCAUGCAUCAUUUUUGAUCCCUCGAGAUGAUGUUGAAAUUGAGCCAUUUGAUCAUAUGAUAGAUGCUGAAAACACCAAAAUUUACCAGAAAGUCAAGUUUGGAGAUUAUUUAAGGCAAUCCAUGAAGAGAAAAAUGGAGGGAAAAACACAUAUUGAUGUGGCCAAGAUAAAGGAACAGUUAAUAGAGGAACAAAUUAAAGAAAAUGCCUAGUUGAUUUCUCUAUCUCUUAUUUUUCUUUACGCAUUUUUUUUUAGAGGUAAAUCUCUCCUUUUU